AUUUGAACGAUCAAAUUGAUGGUACGAUUCAGACAUCAGACAUCAGACAUUAAAUAUUGGAUGAAAGCUCUUCAACUACCAGGUACCUACUAGGUAUAUUCUUGACCUCAUUUUGAUCGCACAUUUAGACAGACAGUGUCGGUACUGUCUUCUCAUAAUUCUUCGUUUCAAUCCGACUAUGGAAUAAGAUAAUGUCCAAUUCUUCUUCGAUAUGGCGAAGCACAUCCUAAAGCCAUGCCGCCCCCCGUACCUGUGCCGUCGAAGGCUGCGAUCCAUGCCCUCCGAGGUAUUGCUUUUGGUACUUCAUGCGCCAUUGGCGUGAUAGUAGAAGAUCGAAGACGGCGGAUUAGCAUAUUGAGAACCGCCGUUUCGAAUGGAGAAAAAAUAAAAGCAGCAAAGCGCUACCAUGGAGUAUCCGCCGUCGCAACACCACACGAAGAACCCUCUUUCUUAGAAGGAGAUGAUUCACACCGACCCCCACAAAGCGAUAGACCUAGAAGAUACAUGGACUUUACUUCACUCGAAGAGGAGCCCCAAGAGAAUUCCACGCAAUCGCCAACUUCGAGCAUAGUGUCCGAUACAUCUUCAGAAAUGCGAAAUACUUUCGAACGAAAAUCGAAUAUAAAACUCAGUAUACCAUCCAAAUUUAUUCAUGAAUCUUCGCGAAUGGACCUCGCUCCAGCCAAGAAAGUUCGCAUAAGAAAUGAAUUUGCCGACGCUGUCAAAGUGCUCCUGAAAAACAAGGAAGAGGAUGGGUUAGACCGAGCCCUUACGAAAUUCUUCGAUGUGUCUCGAUUAUACUAUUCCUUUCGAGACUUUGACGAGGACUGGCUUACCAUUUCUGCUGAGCUUUCGCGGGCGUGCCAGGCAAAAUCUAGAUUAGACGACGCAGCCAAAGUCCUCACUACCACCAUUGAUGCUGGACCGCUCGACGAAGACCAAUUUUAUGCCCACGAUCCUUUGCCUAUCCUAAAUUUUUAUCUACAUGAAAAACAUGGGGAUGGACGUUGUCCUCCGGAAACUAUCGCCGCAGCUACACAUAUAUUUCUGGCCAGGUUCAAAGACCAGCCCCGCUUGCACACCCCGGAAAUGGAUUGCAUCGGACGGGAAUUAUUUACUUAUACUAUCUCGAUGAAUCAGCCGACCGUCCUCCAUGACAUAUAUUGGAGAAUCUUUGGAUCUGCCGUUUCUUCGACCGACUUCACAGGAUGGGUCAUCCGGGAGUUUUACCAAUACAAAGACUAUAGGAGUGUCAUUAGAUAUUUCCUGCUCAAUUACUCCAAGAUGAGUCCGACGAAGGAGUGCUACGACCAGACAGUUGAUUGCGUCAUAUCCUCCGUGGAGAACUUAAAAGCCUUGAAAGCUAGGCAGGUAAUUGAAGCCCUUGGACGGAUGGAACCUCCACCUACAGUGCGUUUGCAUACUCGUUGGGUUAUGAAAUCACUACAUGCCUUCUGGAGGCGUGACGAAGACUUUACAGCAACCAAAGAAUUUUUCGAUGACAUUGUGUCCUGGGGUGUGAUGGAUAAAAUAUCCCACCCUCAAGGUGUAUAUUGUGCAAUGGUCGAGAUCUCCGUCAGAGCCAAACAGGAUGAGAUAGCAAGGUCCUACUCCGAGGUGCUUAUUCACAAAUUCCCUCGGAUGUUUUACGAUAUUCGUCUAAGAGGUCUCAUAGCCCUAGCGGCAGCUAAUGCCGGGAAUUGGGAUGCUGUGUUUGAGACCUUUACUGAGAUGCAAGCUCUCAAGGCGAAGCGGGACAAGGAGUAUAGCAUGGCUUUUAUCAUGGUACUCAAAGUUUUUGCGCAGACCCAUCCCGCCGCCGAGGUUCGAGAUUUCGUAUCGAGUUAUACCACCGAUUUAGGUGUGCGCCUGCAUCGUUAUGCUGUCACGCUCGUUGCAAACAAAUUCGGAGAAUGUCGCGAUAUGACAGGCUUCAUAUCAUGGCUCGCAUACUGCUGCAAAGUUGGGUUUGCUUUGGACUCGGGUAUCUGCAACUCGAUUCUUUAUAAUUGUUGGUCCGUUUUCAAGCUUUCUUAUCCCGAACUUUUGGAACUUUAUUCGAAACUUCGACAGCUUGGUCCAUCUCUCACUGAUGACGUCACACGGAGAAUUUUGAGCCAAGCGAGUAACACCGCCAGCAAAGGUGGCAGGCGAAUAAGUCGGAGCCGGGGAUUGCAUUUAAGGACUGCAAUGAUGAACGAACUGGCAUACAGAGGGAAGGCGAUAGAUCCGCGAGACGUUUUCGAAGCUAUGAAUCGGGAACUCCAAUUAGAAAGACCAGCAACGGCAAUGAGGAUUUAUAAGCAAGCCCUGAGUUCUGGGAUGCCCUCAUGCGAGCACUGUCUUCGCUUAGCUGUAGUAGCUUCCUCAAAAAGCCCCAAGCAUGGGUUUGACUGUGCGAUGGCCCUCAUCCGGACUGCGUACAGUAAAGGUACUGACAUUACCUCGGCAGUGGCAAUGUUCAUCAAGCUUCGUCUUGAACAACUCCAAGCCAACGCGCACGACCUCCAGAUUCACAUGCGGAAUUUAAUCGGUCAAUUCGAAGCAGCGAACAUUAUCAUCCAACCAGGGGUUAUAAUAAAAAUGGCGAUUAUGGUUAUAGAUGUAGGCCAAUUCGAGAAGGGGCUUUCAUUGUGCACUUUCGCGAUGAAUCAACAUGGAUUCAAGAAUUUCGCUUUCUCGAGACAAUGCAUCAGAGCCAUGCUGAUUGUCUACCUGAGGCUGCGAGAUGUGCAAGGGAUGAAGAAGCUCUGCCGUGAUAUUCUCGAAAGCGAAUAUGCUACAGACAAAUCCGUGCUAUCAUAUCUAAGAUCUACCAGAAGACUCGCUGUCAAAUAUAAAGACGCUUCAGGAAAUGCUAUACUGGAUAUCCUAGAGGGUACCAUCGGCGGGGCGACGAAGCAGCGGGCAGAAACCAGGGCAGCAGGUGCAAAGAUUGCCCAAGAGACUCUACGGAUCAUGCAAGACGCAGUUUCAAGUAUGCAAGAAGGCUUGAAGCCGAAUACGUCAAAUGAUCCUAUACACUAAUCGCAAAUCGCGACUGUCGGGCGUGUGGAAAUAAGGAUACAUGCAGAGGCGAGCUCUCCUGGAUUAUCAGGCGCUCCUAACUGCUUUUACUGAGUUCUUGAACAUACCUACAUACAUACUAGGGUCAGCGCUUUCAUCAGAUCAGUCAGGUCAGUCGAAGCCAUUCAACUGACCUGAUUGAUUAGUCAGCAAGUAGUGAACUGAUCUGAUCAGAUCAGUUAGUCGGAUUGAUCAGAUAACUAAUAAAAGUGGGUACGCACUAAGCUCUUUAUACUUAUUAAAAUAUUUAUUUUGAAAAGGUACUUAGGUACUUCUUCUGUUUUAUUUUAGCUAAUUAGAACGCGU